UCAUGCCGGGGAAGCUGAGGCGCAGCAAGCGGAAGGUGCUGGGGGAGAAGCAGUGGCGGAGCCUGGAGGAGAGGGGAGGUGCCCAGCUGGAGCAGCCCAAGCUCACCAGAUCCAGGACCUAUGAGUCCUCCUCCAGGGAGACAGAGCAGGCGGCCACGGGCAGGCAGGGACCCCCAUCCCCUUCGCUGAGCAAGCAGGACAGCAGCUACCGCCGGGCCUUCGGGGAGCUCGCCGAGCAGGACGUGCUGCUGGGCUGCUUCUCAUGCGCCUGGCAGAGAGAAAUGCCCUACCACGGCCGCCUCUACGUGUCCUCCCGCCACAUCUGCUUCCACUCCAACCUCCUGCUCAAGGACAUCAAGGCCGUGGUCCCUGUCGCUUCCAUCUCAGCCCUCAAAAAGACCAACACGGCUCUGCUGGUGCCCAACGCAAUCAGCAUCCGCACGGCCAAGGGGGAGAAGUUCCUCUUUGUGUCGCUGCGCCAGCGAGAGGCCACGUACCAGCUCCUGAGGUCGGUGUGCAAACACGUGCAGGACAGCGGCCAGAGCCCUCGAGACUCAGUGAGCUAUGAGGAAACCCUUGGGAAGUCUCAGAUCUCGAGCCAGUCAGCCCUGGAACAGAGCACCCCGGAGCCCAACAGCCGCCCCGAAUCCCUGGAUGAGCCAAAUCCAGGAUCAAGGCAGGCAGAGGACGAGGAUGGCGAGAUGGCCCAGCUGGUUCCCAGCAGCAGCAAAUGGGUGCCCUCAGCAGACAGACGUGGCCUCUGGGGGAGACCCCACGCCGUGCUCUGGGCCUGGGCCACUGCACUUUGGUCCCGGAUAAAUCCCCAGCUGAGCUCUGUCAACAUCAUCAUCAUCAUCUACCUGCUGAUCAUGGUGGCCUUGCUGCUGUCCUCGGGGUACAUCGGCCUGCGCAUCGCGGAGCUGGAGCAGCAGCUGUCCUUCGCGGGGGCUGGGCCAGGCCUCAACCUGUCACUGCAGUACAAGACGUGA